CAGGAGCGUUAUCAAGCGCAUGUAAGCGGGGAAAGAAGUGUUGCGAUAUAAAAUUUUUUCACGGUAAUAAAAAAUUAAAAUAAAAAGUAGAACUUAAUAAUUGUGUAAAUAAAAAGCGCUGAAAAACCGUGAGACUCACGAAAAGCUGCAGAAAAAAAAAUUAAGGAUAACUGCAAAAAAACUUCAAAAAAUGAAUCUUUUCGCGGCCGCCGUAAACCCAGCAAUGCUCUACGAAUUAAAAGGGACACUACAUAACACUCACCGCACCCUUCAAUUAUCCCUUUUCCUAUUGUUCGCCAGCACUUUGUCGAAUGCUAACCCCAUUUCUGUGCCCGAAAUAGUUAGCAAAUCUGGUAAAAAUAUUGGCGGCACAUCCUCAUCCGCUUCGUUAAUGAUCAAGCCGAGUAUACAGAAUGCCCAACUGAAUUCGCUCAAUGCAUAUGCGACCAACUAUGGCCACUUUGCGGCACAGAUCCCAAACAAUGGUGCAGAACAAACUCACACCGCUGCCACCGCAAGCGCCACCAACACAAAUAACUUUAAGCCAUCCUAUAAAUUACCCGAUUUAGAGCAUAAUUUUACGCCAAUACAAACGGUUAAUGGUGGCAACUUAAUGCCGAAUGCCGCCGCGCUAACAGCUGUGGCACCCAAUGUGAAUAGCAUUGCCAGCAGUAAUCUGCCACAGCCCACGCCCGUCUUAAUGCAAUACCUGCCACAAGCAAUGCCCGAUAACGGCGUGCAUUAUCUGCAACUCAUACCGACGCGCCCACUUAUUGUGCCGAUAAGUCCAUACUUGAAUGGAAAUACAGCACCGUCGGCGUCACAGCCCAACUCCCAUGCACUACAUCCGCCAUUGGCUGCAGCUAUCAAUGGUGGCCCAUUGCAUAAUGCAGUACGGACGCCUGUCAUACUAACAUCCGAAUCGAUCAAUGGCGAUGCUAUACAUCAACAGCAGCAGCAGCUGCAGCAGCAACAACAACAUCCAGCAGCUACGGCAGCAUUGAUAGAUGUGUCGAAUGCAGCGCUGCCAUAUGGACUCCAAACGUAUGCGAACGCCAUACAGCCAUACCGUAGCAGCUAUCGUAUAAAUCGUGAGGCGAAGGGGAAAAACUUCCCCGCUACAAUGACACUCAAUAUGAAUGAAUAUAUACCGGGGCCCAAUGAGGCGUUGCGACCGCUGUAUAUGCGCGGAAGGCCUUGAAUUUAUUAGAAUGCGAGUGAUGCAGUUGAAGGGUUUGAAGGAAAGAAAAUUUGUAAUAAAAGUGGAAGAGGUGAAAGAGGAGUGAUGGCGAAGCAGAGUUGAAUAAAACGCAAAGCAAAUGAAUUUAAGUACGAAUUUGCCAAAACGAUAUGUUUCAACUUAGCACUUUUUUUAGUAAAACAUGAAAUUUGAAAAGGAAUUAAAGUUCUUGCCAAAACUAUAUGUUUCAACUUAUCACUUUUUCAGCAAAGCAUGAAAUUUUUUAA